AAAAAUAAAAAAUCCCUGUCGUUCUUCUCCCUCUCUCUUUCUCUCUCUCUCUCGCUGAAGAGAGUUUAAGCCGCCUUUCGUCAUUAUAUUGAAACCCUAGAGAGAGACAGAGAGGUUGAUUCAGGCCUUCCAUUUCCCACUUCUCCUUAUCAUCUCUUGCUUCUCUCUGCUCCCCCCUCUCUCUCUCUCCCCAGCUCCGGUGGUCUUCCGAUUCAGAUCUUCGCUUCGAUGCUCCAUCUCUCCUUGUUCACAGAUCUGGGGCGAUUAUCCGGUUUCUGGUCUUCAUUUGCUCGUUGACUUUGGUUACAAACGGCUCGUUUGAGGCUUCUAAGGGAUUUCGUUUCCUCUCUAGCACAAUUUCAGAAACCUGGGAAUGUCGCUCUUGCCCAAGACAGAGUCGGUUCAGAUCCGCGAGGUAUGGAGCGAUAACCUCGAGCACGAGUUCGAGCUGAUCCGCGUGAUCGUCGACGAGUACCCUUAUGUCGCGAUGGACACCGAGUUCCCCGGGAUCGUACUCCGCCCUGUGGGCAAUUUCAAGAACUCCAACGAAUAUCACUACCAGACCCUCAAGGGCAACGUCGACACCCUCAAGUUGAUCCAAUUGGGCCUCACCUUCUCGGACGAGAAAGGCAACUUGCCGACUUGCGGGACAGAUAAGUACUGCAUCUGGCAAUUCAAUUUCCGGGAAUUCAACCUGGGGAAGGACGUGUUUGCAACCGAGUCGAUCGAGCUUCUUAAACAGAGUGGGAUCGAUUUCGAGAAGAACAACGAGAGGGGCAUUGACGCGGUGCGCUUCGGGGAGUUGCUCAUGUCCUCCGGGAUCGUGUUGAAUGAUAAUGUGCAAUGGGUGACUUUCCAUAGUGGGUACGAUUUCGGGUAUUUGCUCAAGCUGCUGACUUGCCAGAAUCUGCCCGAUACCCAGGCCGGGUUCUUCAACUUGAUCAACAUGUACUUUCCGACCCUCUAUGAUAUAAAGCAUCUGAUGAAGUUCUGCAACAGCCUCCACGGAGGGCUAAAUAAGCUCGCGGAGCUGUUGGAAGUGGAGAGGGUCGGGAUUUGCCAUCAGGCGGGAUCAGAUAGUCUGCUCACGGCUUGUACAUUCAGGAAGUUGAAAGAGAACUUCUUUAGCGGAUCACUGGAGAAGUACGCCGGUGUGUUGUAUGGUUUAGGUGUCGAGAAUUGACAGAUAGACUGCUCUGUUUUAAUCAAUGUAAGAAAUGUUAAGAAUCACUUGAAAUGAGAUUAUUAAUGAAAAAGAAAAAGGUUGUUUAUUUAAAA